UCAUUGAAAUUCCAAGUGAAAAGGGUUUAGCUAUCCUAGUUAGGGCAGGCAAAAUCAAAAGGGUUUUGCUUUCUUUCUUCAGAAAAAUCAGAAUAUGAAGCUUAAACAGUUAGAAUCUUAUCUGGGUAAUCUUGACCAGUUCUCAAACCCAAAGAUUGAACUGGAACAGUACCCGACAGGAUCUCAUAUUGCAUCUCGAAUGUUAUACACUGCAGAGAAUUCAUUUGGGGAUAUAAGUGGGAAAGUAGUUGCAGAUUUUGGUUGUGGGUGUGGUACUCUAAGUAUUGCAAGUGCUCUUUUGGGUGCUGAAUAUGUUCUCGGAAUUGAUGUUGAUACCGAUUCCCUUGAAAUUGCGGGAGAAAACGCAGAGGAUCUUGAGGUGGACAUAAAUUUUGUUCAGUGUGACAUCAACAAUCUGAAUUUGAGAGGUAAAAUUGUUGACACUGUUGUAAUGAAUCCUCCAUUUGGUACAAGGAAAAAGGGUGCAGACAUGAAUUUCCUCGCCGUGGCUAUGAAGGUUGCAUCACAAGCUGUUUAUUCCUUGCAUAAGACAACGACCAGAGAUCAUAUAAAGAAGACAGCGUUACGGGAUCUAAAUGCUAAAAGUGCCGAGGUCAUAUGUGAGCUUCGAUAUGAUGUGCCACAGCUUUACAAAUUUCAUAAGAAGAAAGAGGUUGAUAUUGCAGUAGACCUAUGGAGAUUUGUUCCUCAGAGAGAUCAAGACAGGUAAUCAAAUCAUCGUAAUCUUCACUAUUUAGGUGAAAGAGAUUUGGUAAUGUAGUGCAUCUUAGACAAAGUACAUGAUGAAUCUGAUACAAAAAGGUAUGUAACUGUAAUGUACAAUGGUUCGGAUUGGGUUGCAAUCAAAUGCACCAUUAUCUGUUUUAUCAUCGCGUAUGCAAUUUAUCGAGCCAAAUUAUAUUUGUAGUAGUCAUUUCCAGCUUGAUUUUUAUGACUGCCAACUUUGAUUUGGCUGAUCAUGACCCCAUGUACAAGUUGGUAACGGGAUGUAAUGGGCUUGGGGGUCCAAAUUUAGAGUCUAAUCCAGUGGUGGAGUUCAGUCUAGUGCAUUCCUAUUUUCAGGUUGGUAUUUGAGAAGAACUAUACCGUUAUUUCUAAGUUUCUAACAGGUGCUAAUUAUUCCAA